UACUCAGAACAAGGUAUGAUUCAUCCAGAAAUAUCAAGUUUUUGAAAAUCAACUAUGGCUACCAAUUCCAAGGACAAAGAAAAAUCAGCAGAGUCCUUUCUGGGAGCACGAGUGUCAAUUGAGAUGAUAAAUGGCAUGGGCUACUUCCAAGGAACUGUGUCUGGCAUUGACAAUACUGAGCAAACUAUAAAACUCAGGCAUGUUAUUCAUGAUGGACGUCCAACUUCAGUUAAGGAAAUGAUAUUCAAUGCACAGCACAUCAAGAGUCUGGAGGUGCUAGCUGAUGCCAAAAACUCUUCAGAAAAAUCCAUAGAAUCACUGGCCAUAAAUGAUGAGAUUAAGCCCCCCAUGUUGCCAGUGAAUCCUCAGAUAGAUCUGAUCUCCUCCCAACUGCUGUGUCUCGAUGUUAACUCUUCAGUCUCUAAACACGCCAGUGUUGACCAAAACCCUAAUAAUGGUGAGGACGCUGUUGCAGCUUCUGAUCCUAUUCUUGAUUUUAUCAAUAGAAACAAAGUAACAGCAGCCUUAGAAACUGUAAAACCACUCGUGUGUUGGUCAAAUUCUCUACCUACUUCUGAUAAUUCUUUGUCCAGCCAAGAGUGUAAGGGGAGAAAUAUUUCAAAAUUGUGUGAACCUGUGGUGGCCAGUGAUACUCCCAACAGUGAAUCAAGAAGCACACAGUGCCCUCACACUGCCAACAAUGCUGCCAAGCCCAAAAUCAACGUGUCAAGUGUUGGCAAGUAUGACAACAAUGGCGGGUAUGGCUCCCCACAACACCCUCGCCCACACGACAUGGCCAGCAGUAAUGGCUUUGAUGACUCGCGCUCUAAAGGCUGGGACUCAUAUGGCCGCUACUCAAUGGGGUCGUCUAGUGUUCGAGCCAGACGAGAACAUCAACGUCAGAAGAAUGAGUAUACUUUUGGUGCUGACAUUUAUGAAGAGGAUUUCAGUGAAGACUUUGACUUUGAAGGCAACAAUAAGCUUUUUGAUAAGCAGGCUGUGGCACGAGAGCUCGGGGAGAUGUCACAAGCUGCUCAGCCUGACGUGGUGAGUCAGACCAAACCUCGACUGAAAAGAACGUCUUCUCAGCCCAGCACGCAGAGCAAAACUCUAAAGAACUCAACAAUGCAGCCGCCGUCUGGCGUGGCGAGGAAAUUGCAAUCCAGCGAAAGUACUGCUGAGAAUAAAAGUUAUCCUUCCUCACACCAAGACGCCAAGUAUCGAUGUGAUGAGAACGUCCUUCAAACUGCCAGCAAAAUCAAGGAGAGGUUGAUUGCUCUGUCACCAGAUGAACCCACCGAGACCGUCUAUAGCACGGAUGAUGGCUUUCUGGUGCCCGGCAUAUCAAACAGUCUGCGGCAGCGGCUGCUCUCACUCGCUACUCAGUACGGGUUCACCGUCACUCGACAACUUGAGAUCACGGGGCGAGCUGCUGCUGAAGCGUGUCUCCAAAUACUUGGUGGUGAACACAGAUUGAAUGCAAAGAACAGGCACCAGGUGCCGCGCGUGGUGGUGCUCUGCGGCUGUCAUGGGCAGGGCGCUCUCGGCCUCAACACGGCACGUCAGCUUCUCACCCACGACAUCGUCACCACUGUAGUGACCCCAGCCUCCACCACCGCCUCCGCUACACCUCCACUCCCCUACACUCAGGAACUGAAGCUCUACAGCUUGUGUGGUGGCGAGCUGCUCCACAACCUCACCACGCUUCCUGCUGCGUCUGUCAUUGAUCUCAUCAUUGAUGCUAGGCUCGAUCACGCUGGUGCCCCCAGCAGCAACGGCUCGCACUUGGAAUGGCUGGCUGAAGUGACAAGUUGGGCGCAGCGUCAGAGCUGCCCAGUGCUUGCGCUGGACCCGCCCAGCCACGACUGCGGCGCUCACGUCCGUCACUCGCUGCCUGCCCGCGCCCUCGUGGUUGCCGCCUUGCCUUUAGUCUACGCCGAGACGCAGGGCAAGGUGUACCUCGUCAAGCUCGCGCUCCCCACAAGAGUAUAUGAGGAGCUUGGCGUCACGUAUGCGUCGCCUUUCCAGUCCAAGUUUAUGAUAACUCUGCAUCCCUGUGAUUAGCGUUUCUUCCCUCCGUAACAUACAUGACAUGCGCACUUACCAUUAUAGCACUACAAGAUUUGUCAAUUCAUGUUAAUUCGUGUUGCCAGCUUUUGGUUGCAUUUUCUCCGGCUGUUUAUUCGUUCUUUGAUCUCAUAACACCCCCCACCAUUGUUAGGUAAUAUGUGUUCUCUAAGUUUUCCUAUUGUGCACGAUGCUUCAUUAGUUUUGGGUUGUUUAUUGUUAAUAUAAUAAUUUGUUAAGACGCUACGUUUUACUGGUUCAUUGUAACAAGUGUUAUUUUAGUAUAAAUUUCUAAAGAUUUAAUAAUUUUCGAAUACCGACAUUUAAUGUUGACUUUGGAUAUACGUUUAUCGAGCCGUGUACUCGAAAAAGAAUCUGUACUUAAUCAUACGUUGGUCUUUCAUUCCAGUUAUGCCGUCGAAUCCCAAGCGGUGUACUUAACAAUCUUAAAUACCAUCCCAGGAAUGGUAUACAUUUUCGUCCAGCUUAAAUGUGAUUAAUUUUAUGUUAUAAGAAAGGCUGGAAUACUCUUCUCCUCGUCUAGGAAUAGUUUGCUUAUUUACUCACGCUGAGGCCUGCUCUGGUCGACGUAGCCCGUGCGGUGCGGAAUCGAUACCUCACAUGUCGCUAAGAAAUUAUCCAAUAGAGGCUUGCUCUUCUCUUUAGAUGUGCUUCACAAUGGGGAACACCUAGACUCAUUUAAAUUGUCGACUAUCAAUCCAUUUUGCCAUCGUGAGGAAAGAUGAUCAAUUCACGCAUCGUUCUAAUAUUGCUUGUUAGUUUAUGACUGUAAAUCUGCGUUAGGAACUUAGGGGUGCAAAUGACAUGACUUGGAUAAUGCGCGCUAGUUGACUUGAGAGAAGCCAGUUGCCAGAAGCAUGGAUUAUUAUCGAGAUUUUUGCAUUACGUUACUCUGAAUUAUUAAUUCAAUAAUUGUGCUUUUUCCUUCAAUUGCACGGUCUCCCCAUUUCCAAACAUACUUAUUGCCACCUUUUUAUUUAUUUGUACUGUCGGCGAUCUGACAUUGAAUGUAAACAUCUUAGUUUAAUGACCAUAUGUGAUUUGUUCAAGAUAUAUUUCAAGGUAAGCAAUUGAGUGGGGUUUAUUAAUAUUUAAAAACUAAAUUUCCUGUUGUUAACCACCGACGUUUUGACGUGCUAGGUACUAUCAAACUUGUGCGCAGUUUUGACAGCUCAUAUCGCCGCAGCGACUCUUAGCUCCGAGGACUGGACCAACGUGGUCCAGGCUUGUCAUCCUCUGUGGUCAGGGUCCAUGAGUGUUCUAUCGUACAAAUUUUGAAACGUCAGUGUACAAUGAAAAUAUAUAAAUAAUAAAUUUUGUUAGAUUUAUAGUUGUUCCCAAAAUAUGUAAUUGCUUUCGGUGGCUGUUGAAUAUUUUUUUGCGUUUCAAGAUCUUUCAACUGCAGGCUGUGGCAUAAAAAAUAUAAAGUUACGUACUAAAUAUAAAGUUACGUACUAGAUAUGUGCGACGGAUACUUACAAUACUUUUCAUGGUUAAUUUUAUGUUGAAAUUUUAGCGCAUUCUUUAAACAAGUUUAUUGUACGUUGCAAUCCAAAGUAAGAGAUAUUUCUAUGAAGUUUAACCGUGUCUCAUAUAUAGUUCAUCUUUAAGAUAACUCGACCCAUGCUAUUACUGGAGUUUAUUAUGCUCGUUUGUUUGCAACAAUUGAUAUAUCUCAUAUGUAUUUUGUUAGAGAAUUUCUAGGCUAAGUUGUUUAUUUCAGUGCAAGUCUUAAUCAGAGUCACAUUCGGCGUAGCUCUAGUCAGUGAAUGGCCUGAGAACGUCAGUGGAAUUCGUUACCUAUUAUAUUUCAGCUCGUGUUGGGAUAAAUUCCGAAUCAUGUCAUGCAUAGACCAUUUAAAUGUGUUUUGAAACUUGAUUGAAAUUGUUCAAUUUCUUUCACGGGUUUCUGUGAUUUUCUUCGGACCUUCGGAUUUCAUUCACGGACCUGCGGGUGAAUGAAAUCGAUUGAUAUUUCUGUUUAAAAAUAAUUCCCACAUGUCCCGUCCUCCCAUUCUGUUCGCCGUGGGGGGAAAAUUCUGUUUUAUGCUGUCCCUUGCAUUAUCGUUAAUUACGAUAACGUGGAUCAUU